AUGUUUCUUGCGACACCAAGUCGAGCUGUGGCGCCUGUCCCACAACUGGCACGGGCUUGGCAAAGACCUAAACUCGGUCAACACCGGCUGGCGGCCAGCUGUGCUGCGGUCCUGGCUUCGAGCCGUCUUCGGCGAGUCACCAUGUUUUGGCAACGCCCGAUGCCUGACAAAGACUUGCCAGAGCCACUCCGUGCCAGCGAUGGAUUGAGUGCAGAUGCUGCACCUGAAGAUGUCUUUACCCAUGAUACUAUCACCAACAGGAUGCCAAAGAUUUUAGAUUCGGUCCUAGCAAAGCUUCCAGCUGAAUUCCAAACAGCUCCCGUUGUUGAAGGUGUGCGCAGACUGCAAGAGGAAAUGAGAAGCGAUGCUCAGUUGAAGUUCUUGAUGAGCGGCAGUGCUAGAGUGGGGUCGAAGUCGUGGAAUCCGCAUCUUUCGGAGUUUAUUGAGAAAGGUGAAGGAUGGCACACAGCACCUUGGUGGCUCGUGGAGAACUACAUGUACAAGCGCCUUUUGGAGGAGUUGGAGAACUGCGCUGAGGCCACCAGCUAUGACCCGUUUGAGCCGGUGAAGUUUCAGGCGUUGGAGCAAGCGGAGGAAUCGUUGCAGGCGUCCCUAGCACCACUGAUGGAUGUUGUCGCUGAAGCAAAGAGCUCUGAGAAGGUCAAAGAUGCUUUAGAUGCAACCAUUCUCAGAUCUUUGUGGGGCAACCAAGCCGAUUUGUCACUAAGCGCUGGUGAAGUUGCAGCCGUCAAGGGGGGCGCGGUGGACAGCUUGGUCUCUGACCACCGUGGCGUUGCGGUGGAAUUGCUGAGCAGUGCGACAGACGUCAUUGUUGUCCUGGACAACCAUGGCCUGGAAGUUCUUUGCGAUUUGGUGUUGGUGGAUAGUAUCCUGCGACUCACAACCGCGUCCGUGACCCUACAUGUCAAAGAUGCCCCUGUUUUCGUAUCUGAUGUGACCCAGAAGGAUGUGCCCGAGGUGCUGCAGUGGCUGGAGCCCCGAUUGCCAGUGCUCGCUGAGAGGCUGAAGCAGAGCCAAGCGGAUGGUCGGCUGAGGGUAAAGGCCCACGACUUUUACACUGGAGGCAGAGCAUUCUGGGAACUGCCCCAAGACUUGCAAGAGGAUUACGCUGAGGCAGUGGUGAUUCUGAAAGGUGACGCAAACUACAGGAGACUCCUAGGUGACUUGCACUGGCCGUAUGACACGGACUUUGUGGACUUUGCCAGGAGUUUCUGGAAAGGGAAAGGGCUGAUUUGCUUGCGGACCAUGAAAAGCGGUGUUGCUUUGGGCAUCAGUGAAGGCGAGCAAAACAGGGCGAAGUCGGCCCACCCCGAUGAUUGGCUCACAUCAGGGACCUACGGACAAGUUCUUGCAUUUCAACGAUGA